GAUUAUCCUUCCUAUCCUCUUUCCAGAAUGGCAGCUACGAUCUCUUGUCUACGUAUAUGUUGGAUAAUAGCUCUCCUUAUACCACUAGCUCUAGUACUCGUUAAUACACUAUUGGAGCGUACCUUCGACUCCAUCAUCACCACAUCAGUCGCUUCUUCCCAUGAUCCUAAUGAGGAACAACAACGCUUUGGGUCGGGUAAGAUGUUCGAUCACAUCGCCGAGUAUUAUGAUAUGGGCAAUAGAGCUAUGUCCCUUGGAUUGGACCAAGGCUGGCGUAGGGCUAUGUUGGAGGCCUUAUCCUUGAGAUCUGAUGAUAAGCUUCUUGAUCUUGCUACAGGGACUGGUGAUGUUGCUAUUAUGGCUGCUCAUAUGGCUAAUCUAAGCAAUGUUAGGGGUAUAGACCCCAGUGUAGGUAUGGUAUCCGUUGGUAAAGAUAAGGUUAUAGCAGAGGAUCUCGAUAAGAGAGUAUUCCUUGAAGUUGGUGAUGCACAAAACCUUACUACUGUCCCAGAUCAAUCAAUAGACAAGAUAACCAUGUCCUUUGGUAUUCGUAAUGUUCCUGAUAGGCCUAGAGCCCUCCGUGAGAUGAGUAGAGUAUUAGUAUCAAGUCCAGAUAGCCUUGUUGGUAUACUAGAAUUCACAGCCCCUACUGGUACUAUUCUUGCACCUAUUGCCAAGUAUUUCGUGCGUUAUGUUGUACCUAUUCUGGGUGGCCUAGUGUCUGGCAAUAUGGAUGAAUAUCGAUAUCUCGAGAAGUCUAUAUUCGAGUUCCCUACCCCAGAGGAGUUUACUAAUAUCAUCAAUGCUAAUGGUUUGAAGGUUAUUAAAGUUGAACACUUCGUAUCGGGUGUAGUACAGUUAUACAUUGCCCAGAAGGCAUAUAACUAA